UAAAUACUUUGUUCUUCAUUUACCACCUAAACUUGAAGUCUAAAUCUCCAAUUUCCAAACAUGAAGAACCAUGAAGGAGGAGACACCACAGUUGAGUCAACUAGACCAGCGGCAACUCCUCGGAGAAUCAUCUUGUUUCCCCUACCGGUCCAAGGUCAUAUCGGUCCCAUGCUUCAGCUAGCAAGCAUUCUUCAUACCCAAGGUUUUAAAAUAAUUAUCAUACACCCUGAAUCAUACUCUCCCAAUCAUUCAGACUAUCCUCACUUCACCUUCAAGCCCAUUGUCGACGGGUUUUCCGAGAUUGGAAAGCACAUUCCGGAGAAACCGGAUCCUAGCUUUUUCAUUACGUACCUUAAUGAACAUUGUGCAGAUUCAUUUACUGAUUGUCUUGCUGGUUUGCUGGCUGAACCCGGUGAGCCACCGGUGGCCUGUUUAAUCACAGAUGCUGAAUACUACUUCACGCAGGAGGUCGCCGACUCGCUGAAGGUCCCUAGAGUGGUGAACUGGGCUUGCAACAUUGUUGUCCUUCUUGUUUAUAAUGAUUUAUCUUAUUUCUAUGAAAAGGGUUACUUCAACCUCACAAUGAAAGAUUCAGAAUACGAAGAGCCAGUGCCGAAAUAUCCUUCUUUGAAAGUAAAAGAUGUCAUACAAACAUCAAGAAACCCGAAUGGUAUGGUGAGAUUUGUAACCAAAGUGAUGAAACAAGUAAAGGCCUCAUCUGGAAUAAUUUGGAAUUCCUUCAAAGAACCCGAAGAGGAUUUAAUGCAAACUCUUAGCCACGAUUUUCCUAUUCCAAGGUUCACUUUAGGCCCACUUCAAACGUAUUUGCCACCAUCGACCUCAAACAACAUGUUUGAACAAGAUCGAACCUUUUUCUCAUGGCUGGAUGCUCAACCCCCCAUGUCUGUGAUAUACGUAAGUUUCGGGAGCGUUGCAAGCAUAUCUGAGUCAGAAUUUCAAGAAGUGGCUUAUGGGUUGGCAAACAUUGAUUUUCCUUUCUUGUGGGUGGUCCGACCAGGUGUGGUUAAAGGUUCAGAUUGGCUCGAGUCAUUGCCUGAGAAGUUUCUCGAAGAAGUGGGUGGUAGGGGACGGAUAGUGAAAUGGUGUCCUCAAAAAGAAGUGCUAGCACAUGAGGCAAUAGGAUGUUUUUGGACGCAUAAUGGAUGGAAUUCAACAUUGGAAAGUGUAUGUGAAGGAGUUCCUAUGAUUUGUUCACCCUGUGAUGUCGGGCAACCAUUAGUUGCACGAUACGUGUGUGAUGUUUGGAAGAUCGGUAUUUUGUUGGAGGAUGGUCUUCAAAGGGAGGGAAUCAAGCGAGCGGUGAAAAGGCUAAUGAUAGAUAAAGAAGGUGAAGAGAUACGUGAGCGAAUCAAUCGGUUGAAGGAGGAGGUAAAAAUCUCUUUUGAUGAAGGUGAAUCAUCACAUCGGUCUCUAAAGAGUUUGGUUGAUUACAUUUCAUCGUUUUAGCUUCACUACUUGAAGUAUUCUAGGUUGAAACUUCAUAUAAAUUAAGAUAAGUUGCUUUCAAGUAGCAAAUCUCAUCAACAUAAGCUUGUUGCUAUGUAGCAAAUAUCAAUGGGUAAAUAAAGCUUUGGAUAAAUUACAUUUUUCGUCCUUUAUGUUUGUAUCGAAUUGCAAUGGAUGUCCUUUAACUUCAAUAAUUACAGUCACAGUCCUUUAUUUGUAAAAUUUAUUACACUUUACGUCCUUUAGCACUAACCAGGUUAAGAUUUCCAGUUAAGUAUAACAUGUGCCUUGCACAUAAGGGUAGAUUAGUAAUUUUACCUAUUAUAUUUAAAAUAUCUUAUUUAUCCUUUCAUUUUCACAGCCAUAUAAACCUUAUCCUUUUUAUCCCUCUUCUCUCUCAUGUUUCUCCCUGUAAAACAACCAGCUACCACCACCCUUGGUGGCGGAGCCACGACGGCAGCACCAACUAGGCAACUACCACCACCAUCCCAACCUCCGGUACCCACCCAAGACCAAUAAACAACAACGGUUUCCUCCAUGAAUCGGCGGUGCUCGAUUGACGACCUUUGAAGAUUCCGAGAAGGUGAGUGAUUGCAGAUACGUUUGCAAGGUCUGUUUCCCCGAUCUACUUCUCGGAUUUAUAGAUCUAUGAUUCGUUAGCUUUUCGUUCGAUCGGAAUGUUGUUUUUCAGUGAGUAUUUAAUCUAAUUUGGUUGAAAUGUUGAAUCAAAUUUUGGUAAUUUACGAUGAGUUUUAUAAAAUGUUGAAUCAAUUUUUGAUAA